UGUACGAAGUACCUUUUAUCGAUUAUCACAUAACUCGGUAAUUACAUAAGACCCUAGCAGAUCUACUAUGUUCAUACGGCAAGUCAAGAGUGGGCGACUACCCCGGGAAUCUAACUAAUAGAGUGACAAUGUAUCUAGUAUCUGCCUUCUCUUUCCCUGACGUGAAGAUUUACAGCAGUUUAACUUAACAUAGACCAAACUUUUCAAGGCUCUCACUUUCAGGUGCUUCCACAAAAACGUAACUACUUCUAUAAUUUUAACCAAUUUGGCCACCCACGGGAGCAAUUAGUAGGCUCAUAUUCGUCAUAAACCGGCAUGAUGGCGGCUGAUGAAGAUAAUCAAGAGAUAGACAAUUCACUUGGAGAGACAAGCUUUGAAGGCCGUCUUCAAUUGAGGAAUUUCAUGUUUAAGGGGUCAAGCCAAAACUCAUCGUCUAUAUCACCACGCCGAAGCCAGAGCUUACUGACACCUCAGUCUGCCGCCUCAUCUCAGAGCUCACCCUCACUAUCAUCAGAAGCGCCGCCCAAAUCAAAGAAGCGCAAAACGCCCUCGGGGGUAUCAGACGCAGAUGAGAGUAGCAGCAAAAGUACACCCCCAGCCUCAGCCUCACCCUCUCCAAAAAAGCCAUCUCGAGGACCGUCUUCAUACGCCCCGCCCUCAAUAUACGCACACUUACCCCUACUCCCAGACGCCAUCGCGCCAAACCUAUUAAUCUUCUUCAUCGGGUUGAAUCCCGGCCUCCAGACAGCGCGCGUCGGGCACGCAUACGCGCACCCAUCAAACCUCUUCUGGAAGCUGCUCUACUCGUCCGGGAUCACGCCGGUCCGAUGUCAUGCGUACGAGGACCAAACCAUGCCGGCGCGGUACGCGCUCGGCCACACUAACAUUGUGGCCCGCCCGUCGCGCAACGGCGCCGAGCUGAGCAAGGCCGAGAUGGACGAGGGCGUUGCUAUUCUCGAGGACAAGUGUCGCCGGUGGCGGCCCGAGGUCGCGUGUAUCACGGGCAAGAGUAUCUGGGAAAGUGUGUUUCGUGUGCGCCAUGGACGGGCUAUGAAGAAGGGCGAGUUUAAGUAUGGGUGGCAGGAGGAGAGGAUGGGUGUUAUUGAGGGACAUGGGGAGGAGGAACCUUGGGAGGGGACGAGGGUGUUUGUAGCGACUAGUACGAGUGGACUUGCGGCUACGUUGAGGCCAGAGGAAAAGGAGAGGAUAUGGAAGAUCUUGGGAGAUUGGUGCGUGAAGAGGCGGAAGGAAAGAGAGGAUGCUUCUACCGAGGAUAGUAAGGAUCCUAAGACAUCAGAUCCGGCAUAGAAGGGAGAAUGUCUCGCUAUUUGCUAUUCUUACUGCUGAUGGGGACUAUGAUAUAUAGCGAUGCAUGGCGAAUUGUUCCAUGAGAGAUACCCCUGAACAUAUAUCGAGAAACUCGAUCUAGCUAAGGGCUACAGCUACCAGCUGUACCUAAAUGCUUAUUUAUAAUAUAUCACUUAAUAAAACAUGGUCAUAUUAGGUAAGUAAAAUGUUAUUGUUGUUUGUCU